ACCUGGACACACCUGGACCUGACUGGAACGGACAAGACCCACCUAGAACCACCUGGAACCGACAAGACACACUUGGACCCACCUGGAACUGAAUGGAACCGACUAGAUCCACUUGCACCCACUUGAACCCAUCUAGACCCACCUAGACCCACCUGAAACUGACUGGACUCACCUGGACCCACUGGACCUACCUGAAACUGACUGGACCCACCUGGACCCUGCAGCCAGACCUCCUGGACCAUGUGACCUACUUCCUGGACCAUGUGACCUACUUCCUGGUGAACGGAGCUGAUCCCAUGACCUCCUGACCUCUGACCUCCAGGUCUCAUCGCGUGGUGGCUGCGUUGCCGUGGCGAUGCCAUUCCGCCGCAGGAAGAAGAAGAAGAAGGAAAUCUCAGCUCCACAGGACUUCCAGCACCGCGUCCACACAUCCUAUGACUCCACCACAGGACACUAUGUGGGUCUGCCCCGACAGUGGCGGGGGGUCAUCGACACGCUGAGGAGGCCACGCCCCCUGGACGAACCCCCCAGGGUCACCGAGCUCAGGCCCAACAAGGCCAUAGUUCGUGGCAGCUUCAUCGGCCAUGGCGACUACAUCAGUCAUGUGAUCUCUGAGAUGAGCCGUCUGUCCGUCACUGGCUCCGCCUCCAAACGCCACCGCAGCCCGUCGCCACGGAGACGGGCACGCUCACUGGGUCGGCUGGAGGUACCGGUCCAGGACGACUCCGACCGGGACCUGGGUCAGCGGAGCUCCACCUACUGGCAGGACCGGAUCCGACAGAGCGACGGCCCCCGACUGAACGGAGCCAUGCAGAGGGCCCGGUCCACCUCCCAGGUGGACUCUCAGGGGGGGGAAAGGGGGCAGUACUCUCAGAGUGAGGGGGCAGGGCUAAGACCAACUGUCAAUCAUCUUCCCUCAUCCAUGGAAACUCCCAGAAGGCCGAGCUCCUCUCACCACCUCCAGCUCCUGUCCUGCCCCCUGCUGCCCCCCCCCAACAGCAGCAGCAGUCCCAUUAUCACAGGUAGACCGGUACCUGGGGGGGUGUCCCGGGCUACUCCAGCACCUCCAGCCCCCCCCACCCAGCCACGCCCCUCCCCUGCUGGCUCCACGAGCCCGCCCCCCCCGUCCUCCUCCCCCCGUCCCCCACAGAAGCUGACCCAUGAGCAGUUCAAGGCGGCGCUGCAAAUGGUGGUGGACCCCGGGGACCCGAGGACGUCCCUGGAGGACUUUGUGAAGAUCGGGGAGGGGUCCACGGGGGAGGUGUUCCUGGCCCGGGAGCGUGGGGGGGGGCGGCAGGUGGCCGUGAAGAUGAUGGACCUGAGGAGACAGCAGCGCCGCGAGCUGCUCUUCAACGAGGUGGUGAUCAUGAGGGACUACCCCCAUCAGAACGUGGUCCAGAUGUACCGUAGUGCCCUGGUGGACCAGGAGCUCUGGGUCGUCAUGGAGUUCCUGCAGGGCGGCGCUCUAACACACGUCCUCAGCAGGACCAGGUUGGACGAGGAGCAGAUGGCCACGGUGUGUGACGGUGUCCUCCAGGCAUUGUCCUACCUCCACUCUCAGGGAGUCAUCCACCGGGACAUCAAGAGUGACUCCAUCCUGCUCACCCUGGAUGGACGGGUCAAACUGUCAGACUUCGGUUUCUGUGCUCAGAUCAGUAAAGACGUCCCGAGGAGGACGUCUCUGGUGGGAACUCCGUACUGGAUGUCUCCUGAGGUCAUCGCCAAGACGCCGUACGGGACUGAGGUGGACAUCUGGUCUCUGGGCAUCAUGGUGGUGGAGAUGGUGGAUGGAGAGCCGCCAUAUUUCAGCGAGACGCCCGUCCACGCCAUGAAGAAGCUGAGAGACGAGGCAGCGCCGAGCGUCAAGAACGUCCAGAGAGUGUCUCCAGUGCUGAAGGACUUCCUGGCCUGUAUGUUGACUCGCGACACGUUGCAGCGCAGCAGCGCCACCGACCUCCUGAAGCACCCCUUCCUGCUGCAGGCUGGCCCACCACACUGCCUGGUCCCACUGGUGUCACUCUGCUGAACCCCUGAGACUCACCUGAGACUCACCCGAGACUCACCUAAGACUCACCUGAGACUCACCUGAGACGAGUCUUCCAGACGGUUUGACUGCACCAUUUAAAGUGAGUUCUGAUUGGAUGUUAGAGAAGCUGCAGCCUCAGCAGCCAAUCACACAGCGGUAUUGCCGUAAGCCCCUCCCACCUGGACUACCAGGAGGGUGAGCUCGUGGUCAUGGGGUCAGCUGAUGUCACCUGAGAGGAGGCUGUGGCCGGAGGAUUUGGUUCCUUCAUGUUUCUACGGUUGUGUUUAUUGAGAAUAUUCAACAUUUAUCUAUUUUAAAUCUCUUCUUUAAGCUUUACAGGCUCUAACUGGAAAACACUGAACCCCAGAGUGUUACUGUAGGACGUCAGAAGACUGGUUUACUUUAGUGAAAUAUUUCAAAUUGUUUUCUUUUUCCUGAGUUAAAUCCAGAUGAAUGAAUGUCUCAUAUCUGGUUCUGGUCUCAUAUCUGGUUCUGGUCUCAUAUCUGGUUCCUGGUCUCAUAUCUGGU